GGGCCAGGCAGGAGGUGAAGGCAGACGCUGCCCAAGCAGUAAUCAUGGGAGGCACCGCAGCAGGGAUAGCCCUUCGUUACCAUCCUUCUCUUCUGCAUUUGUGGUGGCUGUGAGGCUACUUUGGUCCCUGGGAGGGGUAGAGUAGAUCCCAAGUUCUGCCCACAUCCUGCCAGUCCCUGCCUGUUUUCUUGCAGGGCUGUAGCCUGCAGAAAUGCAUUCCUCUGCAUGGGACAGAACUCAGAAAUAAGGAAUGCUCCCUUCGCUGUGAGAUUCACACUAGGCAAAGGCAAUGCUCCUAUUUAUAACCUGUGGUUGAAGGGAAGUCUCUCAUUAAGAGUUGCCUUAUACUAACUGUUGAAUGGAUUUAAAUGCUUUGGGAACAUUUAUUUCAAAAGCCUGUCCUCUGCAAAAAGGCUACGGAUUGGAUUUCUAAAGAGCUUCGCACCACAGAGAGCAGACAGGCUAAUGUGGGAAAGGAGAUAUUGAGAUGUCCAUGAUGGGAAGAUGCUGUGUGCCCCAUCUCCUGGUUCUUCUCACAUUUGUGUUCAGCGGGGAGCGAAUUGAGGCACAAAGAGCAGGUUGCAAGAACGUUCACUAUGACCUUGUCUUCCUCUUGGAUGCCUCCUCCAGUGUUGGAAAAGAGAAUUUUGAGAAAGUUCGGCAGUGGGUGUCUAAUUUGGUGGAAACUUUUGAGAUCGGCCCAGACAAAACCCGUGUUGGUGUGGUGCGAUACAGCGAUCGUCCGACCACAGAGUUUGACCUGGGGAAGUACAGAACUCGCGAGGAAAUCCAAGCAGCUGCACGAAACAUUAAGUAUUAUGGGGGUAACACCAAUACUGGAGAUGCUCUCAGGUACAUCAACACCUACAGCUUUUCCAAAGAAGCUGGUGGGAGACUUAGCGAUCAAACUGUUAAAAAAGUGGCCAUCCUUUUGACUGAUGGAAGGAGCCAGGAUCAUGUCUUGGAUCCCGCCAAUGCAGCCCAUCAGGCUGGGAUUAGGAUCUUUGUUGUGGGUGUUGGUGAAGCCCUAGAAGAGGAACUUGAUGAGAUUGCUUCAGAACCCAAGUCUGCUCACGUGUUUCAUGUCUCCGAUUACAAUGCCAUCGAUAAAAUCCGGGGGAAGCUGAGAAGACGUCUCUGUGAAAAUGUCCUUUGUCCAAAUGUCCAUGUGGAAGGAGACAGAUUCAAACACACCAGUGGGGGGACUGAUGAGAUUCCAGGAUUUGACCUUAUGGAUUCAUUCAGCGUUAAGCAAAUUUUUGGCAUGAAAGAAAAUGGAAUUCAGAGUGCUUAUGUUCGACUUGGAAGCUUUCCUGUUGUUCAGAAAACUGAGGAUGUAUUUCCCCAAGGUCUCCCUGAUGAAUAUGCCUUUGUAACUACCUUCAAAUUCCGGAAGGCUUCCAGGAAAGAAGACUGGUAUAUUUGGCAGAUUAUUGACAAGUACGGCAUACCACAGGUCUCGAUCCGGCUGGAUGGAGAGAACAAAGCUUUAGAGUACAACGCUGUUGGGCUCACCAAGGACGCUGUGAGAGUGGUCUUCCGCAAUGAACGAGUCAGUGAUCUGUUUGACCGCAGCUGGCACAAAAUUGCCCUCAGCAUUCAGUCAAAGGCUGUCUCACUCUACAUAGACUGCAGACUGGUGCAGGUGUUGCCUAUUGAAGACAGGGAAAACAUCGACAUUCAAGGAAAGACUGUGAUUGGCAAACGCUUGUAUGAUAGUGUCCCCAUUGAUUUUGAUCUUCAACGGAUGGUUAUUUACUGUGAUUCUCGGCAUGCUGAGCUGGAGACCUGCUGUGACAUUCCCUCUGGACCAUGCCAGGUCACGGUCCUGACUGAAGCACCUCCAGCGGAAGCAAGGCCCACUGUUGGUAGCGAGCAAGUUGGCCACCUCAAGACAUUCAACUGCUCCUGCCCUGCUGGACAAAAGGGGGAGAGAGGUCCAAUUGGCCCUGCAGGUCCUAAAGGUCAAAAGGGAGAAAGUGGCACCCAAGGGCUUCCUGGGCUCAGAGGAGAAAAAGGAGAGUCAGGUAGAAUCUAUGGCAGAGGAGAAAAAGGAGAAAAGGGUGAAGAAGGGUCCCCUGGCUUUCCUGGACUGAAAGGGGAUAAAGGAGAAAAAGGGUUCCUGGGCCCACCUGGCCUCCCUGGGAAGGAUGGAGCAAAAGGAGAAGCUGGUGAACCAGGACAACCAGGAGCAUUUGGACUGCCAGGGCCAGCAGGUCCAAAAGGAUCCGAGGGAAAGCAGGGUCCUCCAGGAAUUAAAGGCUAUGUGGGUGCACCGGGUCUACAAGGAGAAAGAGGAGAAAAGGGAGCACGAGGAGACAAGUGUGUUGAUGUUAAAAUUCCUCCUGGGAAUGAAUGCACUUCACAUUUUGUCAGCAGUCUACCAGACUGUUGCUUACUGAAAGUCAGGAUACUUGUGGUUCAGUCAGUGCAAACGAAACCAUUAAUGUGGAAACUAUCACUCCAAAAGCAACGAGGCCUAGAUGGGCUCCCUGGAAAGCCAGGUCUGGAGGGAAAACAGGGCCCUACUGGAAGCCCCGGCCCUCCAGGUGCCAGUGGAACCAAAGGAGAAAAGGGUGAACCAGGACCUCCAGGAUUGCCUGGCUCUUUAGUACAUAUUGAAGGCCUAAAAGGAGAGCAAGGAAUGCCUGGGCCACGAGGACCACAAGGCCAACCUGGACUUCCUGGACCUCCAGGAGAGCCUGGUCUGGAAGGCAAGCCUGGAAUCCCUGGUGUACCAGGUCCAAGGGGUAAAAAGGGAGAACCAGGAUUCCCAGGAAUCAAUGGUCUGAUAGGCCCUCAGGGACCUCCAGGGCCCCCAGGCGUUGCUGGACCUCCUGGAGCACCCGGAGCACCAGGGCUUCCAGGAGAGAUUGGAGUUUCUGGUAAAACUGGAGCACCGGGACCACCUGGGUUGCCUGGCAAAGAUGGAUUCAAUGGGCUUCCUGGGCUUCCAGGUCAAAAGGCAAAACAAGGGGAAAAGGGUGAGGAAGGCUUUCCUGGAAAACCUGGCUCUAAGGGUGAACCAGGGAGCCAUGGCCAACCUGGAGAGCAGGGUGAAGCAGGUUUUCCUGGUCCUCAGGGUUUACCUGGGCUGAAAGGAGAAAAAGGAAACCAGGGAGAAAAAGGAAAAGAUGGCUUCCCAGGUUUGAAGGGUGAAAGAGGAGUAAAGGGUGACACAGGUUCCCCUGGGCCCCCAGGCUUACCUGGAACAACAGCCUUCUUCACCCCACACCCCAGGAUUCCUGGUGAACCUGGACCAAAAGGGGAGAAAGGAGAUCGAGGAACAAGUGGAGAACCUGGAUUACCUGGGAUUCCAGGUGAAAAAGGUGCCCCAGGACCUGCAGGAGCAGAGGGCACAAAGGGGCAGAAAGGAGCCCGAGGAGAAACCGGAGCCCCUGGAGAGACUGGUGUGACUGGACCAGCAGGACCCCCGGGUCCAAGAGGCUUACCAGGAAAUGUGGGUGUGCCUGGACACCCAGGGCUACCAGGAAAAGAAGGAGAAAAAGGGGAAAAGGGUGAUCCUGGAAAAGAAGGAAAAAUGGGUUUACCUGGUCCAGCUGGUGAGCCAGGGCGUGCUGGGGAGCCAGGUUUGCCUGGUAAGGGUAAAGAUGGAGAGCAGGGGCAAAGAGGCCCUCCAGGCUUGCCAGGACCCUUUGGACACAAGGGUGAGAGGGGACCUCCCGGCCUCCCUGGACAGCCAGGAGACAGAGGUGCUCCAGGAGUUGGGCUGGCUGGACCCCCUGGCCCAGUGGGACCUCCAGGAGACAAAGGGUCAUUGGGUCCCCGCGGUGUACCUGGUAUCCCUGGACCACAGGGCCCGCCUGGCCAGGAUGGUCUACCCGGAAAUCCAGGGGAAAGAGGACCUCCUGGAAAACCAGGCUCCCCACCCCUGCUCUCUCCAGAGGACAUAAAUCUCUUAGUAAAGGAUGUGUGUGCUGAAUGCCCUCCUGGCCCACCAGGAUUGCCAGGCAUCCCAGGUUUCAAAGGUGAUAAAGGUCUCCGAGGACCACCAGGGAGAGACGGCCAGGAUGGGAAAGUGGGGCACGCUGGUCCCAGAGGUCCUGCAGGCCCACCUGGGCUUGAUGGCCCAAAGGGUGCUAAAGGAGACCGUGGUAUGACUGGGGAUACGGGAGAAAAAGGUGAACAGGGUCACCCUGGAAUGCCUGGCUUCUCAGGGGCUCCUGGAAGCCCUGGUCCACCUGGCCCAGAUGGAGCACCAGGACCAAUAGGACCAGCAGGAAACCCAGGAGACACAGGUAAAGAUGGCCCUCCAGGUCCACAGGGCCCACCAGGAUUGCCUGGACUUCCAGGCAUUGCUGGGAAUGAUGGCAAGGAUGGCAAGCCAGGAUCUCUUGGGGAACCGGGAAAGCCUGGAGAACCAGGUCUUCCAGGCCAGGAGGGUGCCAGAGGCUUACCAGGUUUCAAAGGACAAAGAGGAGAUACAGGUCCUCCAGGACCCCGGGGGGAGCCAGGUGUGAUAGGCCCUGCUGGUCGUGAGGGGCCGCCAGGGAAGGAUGGUGAUACUGGUCCCAUAGGACCACAGGGCCCUCGAGGACCCAGGGGGCAGCCGGGCAAGAAUGGAUCACCUGGAUCUGCAGGAGAACCUGGCCCAGCAGGUAACCCAGGUCCCAAAGGAAAUAAAGGAGAAAGUGGCAACCCAGGACUACCUGGCUUCAUAGGACCCCGAGGACCACCUGGAGAGCCAGGAGAGAAGGGUCCUCCUGGAAAAGAGGGUGCACCAGGGAAAACAGGGGAAACUGGCUCCAAAGGAGAGAGGGGAGAGCCAGGAAUCAAAGGUGAAAAAGGCCCUCAAGGAGAAAAAGGCCCUCCAGGUGAUCCUGGGAUACCUGGUCACAAAGGCCAUCCAGGACUGAUGGGUCCCCACGGACCCCCAGGAGACACUGGGCAGGUUGGACCUCCUGGUCCUCCAGGACAACCAGGAUUUCCAGGACCAAGGGGGGAGUCCCCAUCUCUAGAGACUUUGAGAAGGCUCAUCCAGGAGGAGUUAGACAAGCAGCUUGAUGCAAAGUUAGCCUAUCUCCUGGCUCAGAUACAGCCUGCACAUGUCAAAGUGUCCCAUGGCAGACCAGGACCUCCUGGUCCCCCUGGGAAGGAAGGACUCCCAGGAAGAACUGGCCCUCCAGGAGAGCCUGGCCGGCCUGGACAGACUGGGUCUGAAGGGCCACCUGGACCUAUUGGUCCCAAAGGAGAAAGAGGAGCAAAGGGUGAUAAAGGAGACACUGGUGUUGGCCAGCGAGGGGAAAUAGGUCCUCCAGGAAUUCCAGGUCUCCCAGGGGAGCCUGGCUAUGCCAAAGAUGGGAUGCCAGGACCACCAGGCCCUCAAGGUGAAGCUGGUGUGCCUGGUCUCAAGGGUCCACAGGGACCUCCAGGAGCUAAUGGACAGUGUGACCCCACUCAAUGUGCUUACUAUGCAAGCCUGGCUGCCAGACCUGUCAACAUCAAAGGGCCAUAGCAUGCAGGGGUUAUUCCCAGACUUGUCUUUGAAACUUGAAUUCAUCCCACCUGCCAAGAGCUCUCAGAUGCCUUCAACUGUGUUUCUUUCAUAGGAGGCCUUCUAAAGCCAACAAAUGCUGCCGGUCGGUCAGAUUAUUUUUAUGAAUUAUAAUAAUAAUAAUAAUUAUUAUUAUCUUUGAUGUGAUAUGUGAAUUUGUUUUUUGUUUAGCAUCAGGGCAUAUUAAAACAUUAAAAGUAAGUGGAUUUUCCUCUUUUGAAGAGCAUAUAAUACCAAUGCAUUGUGUACUGUUUAUGCAAAGCCAUUCCAAUGUCAACAUUUUUGUUACCUUGGUUACCUCUUUCCGAAGCUUUACCCCUCACCCUUGAAACUGCAAUCAAAUCCUGUAUCCCAUGACAUUAACUGUGAGACACAGGUUCAUCACAGGCUUGUUGGUGCUUUUUGCCUCUCACAUGGAGGGGAGGUAGGUAAAGCCAUGCCAAAGCUGGAAAAGAGGUCUCCAGUAUGUUCACCUCACAAUGGACAGUUAUGAGCUGCCAGUGUGUGUUUCCCAAAAGAUCCUUAUUAAAUGUAAUAUUCUUCUGCCCAUAAAUGAAUCUGUAUACUAUUGGAGAUCUUUUUAAUGGGACCAUGUGUGAUCUCACACUAAGGCCUGAAGAGACCACAUAGAUGAUGUAAACCUCCUUACUGCUCCUUGUGCAAGAACUUCAAUACUCAGAUGGUUUAGUCCUACCAGAUGGAGCUUAAAUUCCUUCUGUUGGGGAGAUGCAUCUGCAAAAAGCUUCCAUGAUGUCCUCUAUCAGCUCAGGGAUGCCAAAUCCCCUGUUCAUUGUCAGUGCACACACUGCUCCCUUCCACUGCUUCACCCAAAAAUCAGCCAGAGCAGCACAGGAAGACCCCUGGUGUUAAUCUCAGGAAGCCAAGUGUGACCCAACUUACCAUUUUGAAUGAUCCCCUACAAUAAUUUGGCAAGAUGAUGUUUUAGAGGGUAGGUAAAGAAUUGCAGACUGGUUGAGGACGAGGUUGGUCUCUGAUGAGAGAGUCAGAGCAAAGAGGUGUUGAGAAACCUGGAGGAAACUGUGUUUGAGGGCAAAAGCAAUACAUCAGACCCACAUCCUUUUCCCCUGUCAGCUAAUUGCCAAAAUCAACCUGAGAAUGCAAAGAAAGUAAAGAGGGGAUGGAGUCUGAAAAGCCCAGAUUUAUGGGCCAGCCAACAAAGCAGCUGCAGCUUCAAAACUCUUCUGUACAAAGCAGUUUGUAGGGAGAGAUGAGAGCAAUGAACCUGACACAGGCAUUUAGUGCUGAAUGUGUCUGGAAAUCUCAUCAGGUCUUUUGGAGACAGCAGAGAGGCACCCUGCCCUGCUGGCACAUUCAUAUGGCAUGGUGCUUCCAAGCUGGCUAAGCCAAGCAGAAGCCACAGAUGUCUGUAACCAUCCCAGAGUCAGACCCUGAGGCUAAAGCCCAGAUGUAAUAUUUUGCCAGCCUUGGAGUCUUUUUUUCACCCAGUAGCAGAUAAAAUUUGCCUCUUCUUUACUGAAAAAUGAAAUAACAUGUUCUCAUGUGAGGGUUAAGCAAAGUCUUUACUGUGUAGCUCUUAAUGGUGCUAUUUUUGCUAUUUCCUGUGCAAAUAAACUCUUUGAUUUGAUUUUA